GACACUUUCAUAAACAAGAUCACAUGAUCGAUCAAAUUUACUUUACCUGUCCUGGUUCGGCCUGCUGUAAUUUUGCUUUUUAACAUUGUCCACCUCAAUGCAUGUUAAUUUGCUGUUCUUGAUCGAGGCACGGUAAAUGAAAUGAAAAUGCCUAAGGCUAACCAAUGGCAUAUGCUGGUGGAGGCUCUUUUCAUUGCUGUUCUGAUAUCCACCAGCUUGAUUAAAGGUGCGGCAGGCAAGCCCCCUCACAUUGUUUUCAUCGUGGCUGAUGACUAUGGAUGGUUUGACAUCGGAUAUCACAAUUCUACAAUCAAGACACCUAUCUUGGACCAACUGGCCAGCCAAGGGGUCAAGCUGGAAAACUACUAUGUCCAGCCCAUCUGUUCACCGAGCAGGAGUCAGUUGAUGACUGGUAGAUACCAGAUCCAUACAGGUCUUCAGCAUUUUGUCAUCAUCGCUCCUCAACCCAACUGCCUACCCCUCAAUGAGACGACACUACCCCAGAAGCUUAAGGAGACUGGCUAUGCCACACACCUGGUGGGAAAGUGGCAUCUGGGCUUCUACAAGAAUGAAUGCAUGCCUCUCCAACGUGGCUUUGAUUCUUCAUUUGGUUACUUGAGUGGUUGUCAAGACUACUGGACCCACUUCCGUUCCGGGCCAUUCCCUUGGUUUGAAGCAGGAGAUCACUGGCUUGGUAUUGACUAUUGGGACAACAACCGUGUCGCGUGGGAGUACACAGGAAACUACUCACAGUUUGUUUUCACUGAAAGAGCCCAGAGGGUGAUACAGCAGCAUAAUCCAAAUCAGCCUCUUUUCCUGUACCUACCGCUUCAGUCUGUCCAUGGGCCCUUGCAGGUCCCUGAUAAGUACAAGAAACCGUAUGCUCAUUUCAACAAUGCAAACAGGGAGACAUAUGCAGGUAUGGUAGCCACGAUGGAUGAAGCCGUUGGGAAGAUCGUAGACUCCUUGAAAGAGGCUGGACUUUGGGAAGAUACUGUUCUUGUGUUUACAACAGAUAAUGGUGGAGACCCAGGUGCAGCCGGUAUCAACUGGCCCCUGAGGGGAACCAAGAACAGUCUCUGGGAGGGUGGUGUCCAUGGCACUGGGUUCAUCACAGGACCGAUGAUACCUGCAGGAAUGCAAGGCACUGUCAACAAAGACUUAAUGCACAUCAGUGACUGGUUCCCAACGCUUAUAGAGGGUGUCGCCGGGGGGAGCACAGCCGGCCUGGCUCUUGACAGCUAUAACUUGUGGGACUCUAUCACGAAGGGAGGACCUUCCCCUAGGAAAGAACUCCUUCACAACAUUGACCCCUUGAUCCGGGCUGACCAUGCCAUGGGCUACGGCAUUGAUGAAGAAACGAGCCUGAUCUAUCCACUGUCCGGCGUUUACCCCAAGAUGGCAGCAAACUUCUCAACGACUAUGAGAGCGGCCAUCCGAAUGGGGGAUUGGAAGCUCCUUACUGGCUUACCAGGAAGAAACGGCUGGUUUCCACCCCCUGAAUGGAAUAUGAAAGCCUAUACCCCAGUGGACCCUCCUCAUAAAUUGACAUGGCUUUUCAACAUAGCGGCUGACCCUAAUGAGAAGAACGACCUGUCAGAUCAACAUCCCGAGGUCGUUGCAGCGCUUGUUGAUCGGUUAGAAGCGUAUUACCAGACAUCAGUACCUGUCAGGUUUCCCGAUCAGACAGUUAAAGCCAACCCAGCAUCACACCAUGGUGUUUGGGGGCCAUGGGAAUAGCUGGAUCCAAUUGCUUGUAAUGUGCUCUCCUAACAGGGGCUGCAGAACGGUGGGGGUGGGGUUUUUUAAAUUUUUGUCAAUGAACGUGUAUAAAAAUGUUGAAAUGUUCAAAAAAUGGUCAACCCCCCCGUCCCCCCUUUCAAAAUGUUCUGCAGCCCUUAACUAACACGAGGGCCUAUUUAAUAUUACUUAAGUUUAUGAUAACUUUAUGAUUGUACCCACCACCUUCAAAACCUUGAUUGUGAUUGGCUGCUGUAGCAUGUUACCAUGGUAAUACCAUAAUCGCAAAGUCACCGUAAGUGCUCUGUGAAACAGGUCCAAGUACUUGAUUUAUUGGGAGGGAAAUUUACAUCAACCUGCAAGUUGAUUUAAUCGAUUCCCUUUAGCACAUUGGCAAUUAAUAAGUCUUUCAUCAAUUUUUGUACAUUGUAUUGUAUUGUAUUGUAUUGUAUUGUAUUGUAUUGUAUUGUAAUCUCAAAGCACAAAUUAUGUCAUUAUGUACAAGGUGAGCAGGGUUUUCUGUGUUAGAAUUGGAAAUUAUUAUAUACAAGUAUGUUGAUGUCUUGCAAGUAAAGAAGUCAGUAAACUGAAAUGAUACAUAUAGAUGGUUUGGGGGAGUGUUUAUAUACCCAAAGGUAUGAGAGUUAAGAUUUAAAAGCCGAUUUCAGCAUUUUCUUUUAUUUUCAGAUUUUUGUUAGUUUCCUCUUUACAAAAGUAGAGGAGCUUUUGCAAAUUCAGCUGCUUUUUCAAACCCAUAUUUGUUGUCACAGCCCUGAAAACGUAGGGCUUUCUCUUGUUUUCAUUUGAAAUAAAACCUUAAUAGUUCUUUCCUCCUUAUAUAUGAAAAAUAUCACUGAACAUAGUGAACACUUAACAGGUAGUGUUGAACUUAAAAAAAAAAAAACAGGCAUUACAUUCUUGUAUCUGGAAUGUUUUCUUAUCUAAUGAAGUUUCAAAAGUCACUCAUACCCCAACUCAUAUACACACUCCCAUGAUAUGGAGUUUUUUAUUUGCUUCUAAAAUCAUCUCUUAAAACGAAUAGAGUUGUGCUGAAAAGUUAGUGAACCCACUAUAAAAUGCACUCCUUUGUGCCGAGUGUUGAAUGUAGACAAAAACACUACAGUGUUUGGUGAGCCCAGAGAAACAAACUUUACUGAAUGUAAUAUUUUAUCACCUGACUUCACAACUAUAUAUCUUAAGCAUGGCAUAACUUGAACACUUUGAAUAUAUUCAUUUUCUGGUUGGGUUCACUAACUAUUUAGCACCACUGUAUACUGUUUAUUUUAGGGGAGGGUUGUGACUGUUGUACCCUUGCCCUGAAAUAAGUCAGAAUUGACAUCGUGCAUCGUACUUGACUGGUGCUAUCUACUUCUUGCCUUUUCUGUGUCUUGUUGGAGGUUAACUUCACAAAUCAUAAAUACAAAUAAUGCAUGAUUAUUGUUUUCAAGAUUAUACAUGAAAGAUGAUUUGAAAUGAAAAGAAUGGAAAUUAUUACAAACAACUCAACUAACUUAAACCCUAAAUUAAUUAACCAGACCGAUUAGAAUAAAAAAUAAUCACCUUUUUGUGAAUUUCAUCUCCCAUUAGACUUUGUACACAGAGUAUAAAAAUUAGCCAUUUUCGACAUGACAUUGUCUUGUAAAAAGUCCUGUGGUGUCGCGAUGCUAUACCUGUAUAUCGCAAAUUUGGUCUCAAAAGUUGCGCGAGACUUUAAAGAAAAAAAUUGUAGAAUUUGCAGCGCUAUAUUAUCAUGUUUUGGAAAUAUCGCGAAAAGCAUUGAGGCCCCCCCCCCCCCCCAGUCCUUUUAGGCUUAAUCCAUAAUUAAAAACUUGUAUUGUGAUUCACAAAACAUAUCUAUUCUACAAAAGCAAGUUUCCUGCUCAUUUGGUCUGUACCAUGAAUCCUGUUUUGAAACUCUUCUUUUCAGUCAGUCAAUUAAUGUCAUGUUUCUGUGGAGUUAUUGGUAAAGCCAAUGGGCCAAAGUUAGUGUCAAGACUAAUGAUUGGUCACAUGACAUCUUUCAUCCAAUCAUAUGAAUAGGAUCCAUAUCGGCAUUUUGUAAUUAUUGAUAUCCAAAGUCCUAGGCUAUACAUGUAUCCAUUGCAGUAGUUCAUGAAAAUUGGUGGUGGUUGUGACAGUCAUGAAGAAAAGCAAUUACAACCAAGUUGCAAAUGACCUGCUGCACUUUGGUAUUGGUUAAUGUAUUUUAGGAAUAUAUAAAGGAAAAUUUAAUGGUACAUGUAGACGUCAAAGAGUGUUGAGAAUAGACUGAAAUCAUAUAUUUGCUGAAUAUUACUAGUAUUUGUUACCCCUAAGUACAGCAGUACUAUUCCUCCUACUACUACUACUACUACUACUACUACUACUACUACUACUACUACUACUACUACUACUACUACUACUACUACUUCUACUAUUACUACUACUACUACUACCACCACCACCACCACUACUACUACUACCACAGUGUACUAUUACAGAAUGUAUUGUUUAUUUUGUGUGUUAAAAUGCCUUAGAAUAUGAAGAUUAUGCAUCCUAUAUUUUUGUAUAAAAAGUAAGAGAAAUUAUGUUUGUAUAUUUUGGUUGAUAUUUAUAAACCUACACUUAGGAUUACAUCAUGGUAAACUAAAACUGACUAAAUGAAUUACUGUACAGUAGUUCUAAAUGUUUAAUAAAUACAUGGUAUCAAUAUCUACAAUA